UGCUGUCUGCAGGGAAGAGAAAUGUGAGGCGUAUAUGAGAACUCUGCUGACUGACUACACCCCACAGUGGGUUACUGUUCAACUUAAAAAUUAAAGCAUAGUGUUGCGGAAACAUAAUAACAGCGGUCCUUUGGACAACCAUGCUCAGAGUAUAGAUAGAGUAUAGAUAUUACUAGGUGGUUGGUACAAUCAACCGUUAUUACAACGGCAUCUACCGCGUCAUCUUAAUGAAACGCUUAGCCUGCCGGUAACGCUUGGGUUGGCAGAUAUCUGCAAGAGUUCCCUCAAAUCGUGAACGCGUGACGGUCCUUACCUGCGGCACUAGAGUAAUCUAAAGGGGCAGCAUCAGCACCGGUUGACACGAAAAGCAUGACCACGCCGACGGUGGAAGAGACGAGUGACGUGUCCAUCGACGCCCCAAUCGUGGCAUCUCACAACAAGUAUCUGGAAGACCAGACCGUUGCUAUUCGCUCGAGAACCAUUCCAUGGGAGGGAUAUCAACGAGCAAGUCUUAUCACGGAGGAAGAGCUUUCGCAAAUACGUCAAUUCGAAAAGUCACCCACCGCUGCGUUAAACGAGGCGGGGGACAGUUACAUUGACUUGUUCCUGAACCUUCUUCAAAAACUCAGCCGAGCUGAUACCAUCCAGAAUAGCUUGGUUCUUAUCGAUGACGUUUUGGCUGAGAGCGAGGGACGAGUUAAUAUAUUCUACAGACUUGCAGAACAGAAAGGAGACAUUUCAUUACCUUAUAGACCCUUUUUCAAAUUGCUGAAAAAAGACGAUGAGUAUAUUCAGCUGAAGUCCGCAAAGAUUAUCACAUACUUGCUCAUACAUUCAGAUGCUGCGACCAAAGUGGAUGCCACAGAGCUAUUCGUGUGGAUUGCCGAGCAGCUGCAGAAUGCGAAUGCAAAUAUUGUUGAUAUUGCCGUACAGCUCCUUCAGAGUCUAUUGUCAGUACCCGAAUACAGACUACCAUUUUAUCAAACGCCGAAUGCUGUCCAGAGCCUUGUAGGCAUCUUAAAGAAGGGAUCAUCUAAUGCCCAAAUGCAAUAUCAAGUUAUUUAUACUUUGUGGCUGUUGACCCUUAUCAGGGAGAUCGCUGCUGACCUGCAAAGGAAGUUUGACGUGGUACCGGUCUUCAUCGAAAUUGCGAAAGCAGCUAUCAAGGAGAAGGUUACACGUGUGGUGGUCGCAACCUUGCGGAACAUGUUGAGUAAGGCACCACAAGAAAAUAUGGCUGCGAUGAUAGGCAAUAAACUCCUGAAUGUUUGCGAAACACUGGCGGGAAGAAAAUGGUCAGACACAGAUAUUACGGAGGAUCUGGAGUACUUAAAAGAGGAGCUUGCAAAGAGCGUUGCGAAUUUGAGUACAUGGGAUGAGUACGAGUCCGAAGUCAAGUCUGGAAAGUUGGAGUGGUCCCCGCCUCAUUUGUCAGAACAGUUCUGGAAGCAGAACGCCAGUAAGCUGAAUGACAGAGAUCACGAACUAUUGAGGAUGCUCUCUCGAAUCAUUGCGACAUCUCAGUCGCCACUUGUCCUUGCCGUCGCUGCACAUGACAUUGGGCAGUACGUGAAGUACUGUGCAAACGGAAAGAGGGCUCUCGAUGAGAUAGGUGCUAAGACACAAGUGAUGCAGUUGAUGACACAUGCAGAUCCUGACGUGCGAUAUCAGGCCCUCACUGCGGUGCAGAAGUUGAUGACUCAUGCCUACAAUUCUUGAAGAGAAAAGUCCGAAUUGGUAACACAUUUGAAGCUAUGUAAUUCUUUAUUUCAGUCAUCAGAACGCUGAAACCGGGGAUGACAGACGGGUAGUAGGGCAUUAGUCGUUAUAGCUGCAUAACUAAGGCCUCAGCUAUCCUAUAAUUAAUAAUGAAUUGGGCUACCAAACUGAACGGAA